AGAAGCUAGUUAUAUUGAAGUGGUUAUGACAUCGCUAUAGGUUGCAAUAAUGAAGCGGGUUCGCCAUCCGAAUGUGGUGCUCUUCAUGGGCUCUGUUACAAAACGCCCCCAUCUAUCAAUAGUGACAGAGUAUUUGCCUAGGGGUAGUUUAUACCGCCUGAUACACAGACCAGCAUCUGGUGAAAUUCUGGACAAGAGGAAGAGACUGCGGAUGGCAUUGGAUGUGGCUAAAGGAAUCAAUUAUCUCCACUGUCUGAAACCUCCAAUUGUGCACUGGGAUCUCAAAUCCCCAAACUUGUUAGUGGAUAAAAAUUGGACUGUGAAGGUUUGUGAUUUUGGAUUGUCCAGAUUUAAGGCAAUUUCGAGUUUGAAAUUAAGAGUUCUAAACUUUAAAUGUUGUAGCUACAUGUGAAUGCAUGUUAAUUCA